UUCGCCAGCUGUGCAACCGGACGCACGCUGUCUGUUGCAUGGGCUUGCAGGGACAAGUACAAGGCUUUACAGGAGUGUAUGCUACAAUACACAAGCGAAACAGCUAUGGAUGAUGUUCGAAGGGAAUAUCUUCGAUUAAGAGACCAACAGAACGUGCCUCAAGCACCUCUAUGA